CGUCUCCUCCAUCUGCCACUCCCUCCACUCCCCACUGCGUCCGCGGCGGUGCAGCCAAACAACCCAAAAAACACAAACAAACAAAAAAAAAAAAACCCUCAAACGACGAUAGCUGCCUCCAUAUUCCGCCGGCAAUGUGACUUUUCCCGGGCUUGGUUUUCUUCUCGAACUCUCUCGCUCCGGGGCUGGACGCCAUCGUCUCCAUUUCAGGUAAAUGAAAUCCCUGCGCCGCUCUUCUUCCCUUGAGGGAGUUGUCACUUUUUCCCCCUUAUUGAUUCUCGCUUGCUGCCACUCCUGAUUCUACGGUUUUGUUUCGGCGAUCAUUUUGUUUGUCGAAAUGGUUUUUUUUUUCCUGGGCUUGAAACGAGCGAGCGAGAGGAGUUUUGUGUGGUAGGCAGUUGGGUUUUCGGGUUUAGCUAGCUUGGCUUGUGAAAAAUGUGCUUUGCUUGGCUCUCUAUCGUUCAUCUUUUCCCGUGGGUUCUUUCUGUCGAGAUUAUAGAUGGAGCAAUGGUGGUACCUGAAUUACUGUAUUUCCUUGGCUCGUUCUUCAUGAUCGCUUGACCAAUUUUGGGUCCCUCUUUAAUUUCUCUCAAUUUGGCUUUGACAUUUAGUUUGUUUGGCAUUGUAGAGGUUGCUGCUAUAAGCUCUUUGGCUUUGGGAGGGGCAUUCAUCUCGUUGUUGGUAGAAGGGGGUGGAAAAUGGCUGCCAAUAAAACUUGGAGUGCCAACCUAGUGUCUUCGUUUGUCUCACCAAAAGCUAAAGGGAGUAAGAACAAGAGGAAAAUAGUUGAUCCUGCAGAAACCAUGGCUAGUACUCCUGCUUCAACACCUGCAAAGUGCCCUUCCAAUGGGACCUCUUCUGAGAAUGUUUCAGACCCUGUAAGUAAUGUAGGGUUCAGUCAAUCUAAACUUGCAGCGGAGGAGACCCUAGAUGGUGACUGGGUUGAGCCUAUUGCAGCCCAACUCGAGCCGUUGUUGUCCUCUAACCUCCAAAUGGUCUUUCAGUGUGCAAUCAAGCAGGUUGUUGAUGAUGGGUAUAACCAAAAUAUCGCUCGACUGACAGUUUCAAGGUAUGGUCUCUAUCAACAAGGUGAAGAUGACCUUGUCUCAAAGACUGUGAGUGAUACUCUCAGCCUUUUAAAGAGAGAGAGGAAAUUUGAUUGUUCAAGGGAUUUUGUGUUUGAGGAAUUGCAACAGUUAGUGGAGUACACACUGGUGGAGAUGAUGAAUGUGCUUAUGGAGGUCAAACCAUGGCUUUCCACUUCUGAAGCAAUGUGGCUGUUGUUACUCUGUGAUAUGGACAUUGCACAGGCAUGCACAGCUGAUCCUUUGAUUGGAUUGGGCUCCAAGAAUGACAUAGUAGCAGAUGAUGCUUCCUCUGGAUCUACUGCUGCCACCCAACCAAAACCAGCGGUUGAAAGCAGCAAUACUAAACCUUCUAAAGCGAAGGAACAAGGAAAUAUGAAAAAACCAUUGCCAUGUGAUGUUAUAGCUGAGGCACUUGCAUUUGGAAGCUUCCCAAGUUUGGAAAAUAGCUCCAGAAGCACAACUCUUGCCCCUAAAGGCCAGCAAACUCAAGGAAGCUUGCACCAGUCCUUGGUUGGCACCCUGGGAGCAGCCGUCCAAACUACCACCUCCCAAGUCCAUCUCCCUCAAGGAAAAGUACGGACUAGCCGAAAGGUGCUUAGCAAGAAGGAACUUGUUGCUUGUCAGAAGUCCUUACGUAGCAUGGACAGAGCUCUCAAGAAUUCUGGUAAGCUCUCUUUGAGGUCAGGAAGCAUAACCGCUGUUAGUGGCAUUAUUGUGGAGAAGACAAUGAAGCCCCCCUCUGCAUCAUCAUCGAUGAAUGGAGUCGCUUCUUCGAAAACAAAUUCUGUGGGAGAAGGCCCUCAAGCAGCUGGUGGUGAUCCAUCUCCUACAAAUUCAGGUUCAACUGAUGACCAAUUAAAAGUGUCUGCAUCAGCUGAACAAAAUGGCACCAAAUCUGCUGCUUCUGCAGAAAGGGUUGCUCCAAUUACACCUAAGAAACUACCAGCUGAGUAUUGUACUGGAAUUCCUUUUGAUAAGUCCCUGGGGAAGUACAUCCCACGUGAUAAGAAAGAUGAGUUGACCCUAAAAUUAGUGAAAAGACUAGAAGGCCUGCAGAAUGAGGUUCAGAGUUGGAUUGAAUGGGCUAAUGAAAAGGUUUUACAGGCAGCUCAACGUCUUAGCAAGGAUAUGCACGAUCUGAGAGUACUAAGACAGGAGAAAGAAGAGGCAGAACAGCUCGCCAAAGACAGCAAGGUACUCGAGGAGAAUGCUCUGAAAAGGGUGGCAGAGAUGGAUAUGGCUGUAGUUAAUUCUACUGAUCAGAUUGAGAAGGCUAAUGCUGCUAUUAAUGGUCUUGAAGCACAGCGAAAGCUUUUGAAGAAAUACAUGGAGGCUGCUAAACUUCAGGCUUCUGAGUCAGCUGCUAGGUGUCAGAACGCUUUUGAGAGAGAACAGAAAGCCAUGAAGGAUAGUCAAUGUUGGGAGAGGGAGAGAAUUUUCUUGCAAGAGGAACUUCAAACCCACAAGCAGAAGGUGGCUGAAGUACAAACGUUGGUAGACAAGGCAAAGAAUGUCCAGAACCAAAUUGAGAAGCAAUGGAAGCAAGAGAGAACAGAGAAAGAGAAGAUACUCGCACAUGUUGCUUCCAUGCGAAUGGAACUACAACGUCUCGAAGAUGCAGGGCAAGCAGAGCAGGAUAUGAUUAAACAGAAAGCAGAACGCCGGCUGAACAAGUACAUAGUAGACAUCAAGGAGCUCGAGAAAGAAAUAUCUGAAUUGCAGCUAAAAAACGAUGCUUCGAGAAUUGAAUCUCUCAGAAGGGGGGCAGAGGCGAACAAAGAUGGGAGCUCAGACGAGAAAGGAAAUGUUGGGGGGCUUAGGCGGGAGAGGGAAUGCGUGAUGUGCUUAUCAGAGGAAAUGUCGGUAGUUUUCCUCCCAUGUGCGCAUCAGGUUCUGUGUCUGAAAUGCAGUGAUCUCCAUGAGAAUCAUGGAAUGGUGGAUUGCCCUGCUUGCAGAACACCCAUUCAGCAGAGGGUUCGUGCCCGUUUUGGCAGGAGGUGAUUGACUCAUAUACAGCAGGAACAGGGAAGUUUUACAUUGUCAAGCGUGGUUUUGCAAGAAUUUAUACAGUUCGCCAUUGCUUUUUAGAUGGUUUAUGGGGCUUGAACAGUAUUUUUGUAUAGAGUAGAGAUGAUAGAACUAGACUCAAGGGAGGGAACCAAAGGUGGGAAGGGGGCACAGGUGAGGGAAAAUGUGUUUUGGGGGAGAAGACAUAACAAAAGGGUUUAGAAAAAACAAAGAAACUUAAGCGUAGCAAACAGUUUUAGGCUUGAGAAAAUGUAGUUGGUAGUUUUAUCCGUGUAAAUGUCUGUUUGUCAGUUUGUCUCUUUCGUUUCUCCUCUCCUGGAAGCUGAAAAACGAUUAGACUCUGACGAGAUACAACUGAUAGGUUCUUUUUCUCUUGUUUUUUCUCUUGUUUUCUGUUUCAAGUUUUCAUCUCCCCGUCCUCAACAUCGAUUAAUGCUAUGAUUUGAACUUCAUCUCACUCAGUUUAUAUAUCAAAUUGUUCAUAUUUACCACUAAAACAAAUUUCAUAGCUUGCCGGUCAAUUUUCUUUUAACAAAAGUUAAUCGAAUAGACCGUUAGGACAAAAAAAAAUCAAAGGAUUGACAUGAUGUCGGAUACAAAGAAAUGGCAUUUCUAUCCACCAAAUGGGCUACUCUAUUGCUAAUCUGACCUAUAAAUCGUACGUGAAAAUCAUUGUGCAGUGCCAGACACCACAAAACUUCCUCAAAAAUAGCCCCAAAUGAAUUGUCUCGCGCCUAUCAGCCAGGUUUAUUUUAUCAAUGACCACUUUCGCUCAUCUCCCUACAAACAUACAUGAGAGAGACCACAAUUAGACACUACUGGAUGGCCUACCGAAGGACUAGGAGUUCUACUUAGUUAGGAUCAUCAAUAUCUUCCUAAUAUAUUAAGAUAAAUCGAGAUUUUGAUUACAUUGGAGAUAGGGUCGGAUAGGAGUAGGACUUCUAGAUUAGGCCAAACCAUUGAAAUAAUAGAACUUGCAUUAGCUACGUCUUUGAAUAGUAUAGGAAACUGUACUUAAUUGCUUAAGUCGGCAAAAAGUUUUGGAGUUUUCCUAAAUGGUAUAAAUAGAAGACCUGGGAAUGAAGGACAUACAGUUGUCGAUAUGUCCGAGUGGUUAAGGAGACAGACUUGAAAUCUGUUGGGCUACGCCCGCGCAGGUUCGAACCCUGCUGUCGACGUUUAUUUUUUCUCCCACUGUUAGUUUUUCCCAUCUCUCAAUUUUGAACCAGAUAUCGUUUUCCGUCACACAAAGUCACAAACUAUGGUACCAGCAACUGAAGCAACCCAACAAGUAACGAUCCAGAAUCAUUUUCGUUCAGCAUUGAAAAUCUAAGCAAGAGAAGCCUCUUCAUUUUCCUAGUAUCGACAACUUGAUGGAUUUUGACCCAUAAAUAAGUGAGCCAUUAGGUAUGGCAAUUUCGAUCUGACUCGUUUUACCCGACCUGUUUGGUCUGUUUUGGGCGGGUUCGACCCGCCUCGUAGGCAGGGUGGGGCGUGCAUGGGUACCUCUCGUCGACCUGACCUGCCUUGACCCGCCCUAUUCUCGAACCGUUCUUGCCUACGUUUUACCCGACCUGUUUGGUCUGUUUUGGGCGGGUUCGACCCGCCUCGUAGGCAGGGUGGGGCGUGCAUGGGUACCUCUCGUCGACCUGACCUGCCUUGACCCGCCCUAUUCUCGAACCGUUCUUGCCUACGUUUUACCCGACCUGUUUGGUCUGUUUUGGGCGGGUUCGACCCGCCUCGUAGGCAGGGUGGGGCGUGCAUGGGUACCUCUCGUCGACCUGGCCUGCCUUGACCCGCCCUAUUCUCGAACCGUUCUUGCCUAAAUUACACGUAAGUUUAGUCAAAUUACUUAGAAUUUUCCUCAUAUUACCUCAUAUUUUAGCUAUAAUAAAGUUUUAAAUAAGUG